UGGCCAACUGGCUGGUAGUCCUCUCUAAUCCAUAAUGGAUGAAGGACUGGCCUUUAAACCUCUAACUCUCCCACCUCCUACUUUUACCCUCCCCCAAACAGAGUGGUGCCAUGACAACGGGAAUAACUACCGCAUCGGUGAGAAGUGGGACCGCCACGCAGAGAACGGUCACAUGAUGAGCUGCACCUGCCUCGGCAACGGCAAAGGAGAGUUCAAGUGCGAGCCACAUGAGUCCACAUGUUAUGAUGAUGGGAAGAUGUACCAGGUGGGAAACCAGUGGCAGAAGGAGUACCUGGGGGCCAUUUGCACCUGUACCUGCCAUGGAGGACAACAGGGCUGGAGAUGUGAGGACUGCCAUCGCCCUGGUGCUGAUGUAGAUGCAGACCUGCUGCAGCCCAUACACACAGACGCCUUCGGCCGCUACAGAGAGAACGCCCUGCGCAAACUGAAUAUCCAGUGUCCUAUUGAAUGUCUGAGACCAGACCUGUUGGCAGACGCCCAAAGCCCAACUGAAUAGGGUCCCUCUUCCUCCCUUGUUCUGCUAAGUUUGUGGUUAGCCUUUAUGUGAAGGAAGUUUAUCUCCCCCAACCCCCUAAAAAAAGAACAACAACCCAUCCCAGCUCCCUAAAAUGAUACUGUCUCACCUUCACCUUCAAGAGAGAAACUGGAGGAUUGUGAAACAAAAUGUCCACCACUCUCUCUGUAGACCAGUUGUUGUGAAGGCUUGGUUGUUAGGACAGGCUGAGAUUUUAGGGAGCUGAGAUGGGACCUGUACAAAAACUGCACGUCUUCCUUACUGGUUCUGAUUUUUGGUUUGGACCAGAACACCAGCACCAUCUUUAUCCUGCUGCACCUUGUUGUACACCUGCCUUUUGCAGUAAGACUCCCUACCACAUCACAUCCUAUCCUGUUGCAUCACUUCCUGUGUAAGAACUGUCUUAUUCACUUUGCUGGGCUUCCCACUCACCCCCACCUUGCCCUCCAGCCCCGUCCACGGCCAAUCGAGAAAGAGAAUGCAAAGCUGACCUAUGCAGUGAACCUUAGUGCCUUACAGUAUUCCCUCUUUGAGGUUCGGUCCCUGAAGGACGUUUUCUACCCCCUUUGAGAUGACGACUGAGAAUGACACAGUGGAGAAGUGACGACGACUGGAAAAAGAAAAUGGCUCAGUGUAUUUAAUAAAGAUUAGUCCCAGAUCUCUUCAUCCUCAGAGCGGACCCUACCUGCCUUUAGGACACCCCUAAUGCUCAGAGAUCAGCAUCCCCUUCAUUUAGUAGACUUUAAGAAAAGAAAUUGAGUAUAUUUUUCAAAAUCAAGCACUGACUUUAUAUGAUCGUCGCAUUGCCUCAUUGGCAGUUGUCGAGCCGGCAUGGAUUUCUGUAGAAAUUGAUUUGGCCAUAUUUUAACUAUCGUCCCUUUUUUAUACCCGGCAACAGCAGAAAGCACUGUGGUUUUAUUGAUGGUUUCAUUUAGUAGAAACACACUUAACUGAUAUCGACUUGGUUUAGUGUUAUUGUAAUUUUUUUUGUCGUUAAAAUUGAUUUCAUAUUUUUAUGUUUCUUUUUGGUUGAACUUGUUUUUAUUUAUCCCAAUAUAUGUUAAGCAUUUUUUGUUGGAAUGCAAAUCUUGGGGUGUACACUUUUUUUUGUUUUGAAUUUUUUUAUAUUGUAGGUGCCAAAGUCUAAACUACUGUGGACUUAAAAUCCUUUUUAAUAAAGUUUUACAAAAAAAUAUA